UGUUCGGUUUGUUUUGUUGAUGUUAUCAUAAUUAAUCACGUCGUGAUUAUAUUAUAAGGUUAAGUUUUAUAGUUUCUUUAUACAGAUAAUUUUUAAGUUAAAGCUCGUAAAGCUAACUAAUAAGAGAACUUGAAAUGAAUAUUCUCAACGAAGCUUAUCAGAAGUGUGUGUCGAAUAAUGAAAGGAACCUGCGCUUCUGGGAAGAAUAUGUUAACAGUUUGAGCUCGCUAGACUUCAGUGUGUUCAGUGACAGGUUAACUGUGCCUGCACUGGUCCCUAUCGGCAACCGUAUCUUCUUCAGAGGCGAACUGAAACAUACCAACGAGGUGACAGUGGCUCUUGGUGCAGAUUACUUUGUGAAAUGUUCCUUGAAACAGGCUGAGGUGCUGAGGCAACAUAGAAUCAAAGAUGCACAAUCUAAACUGGAAAUUUACAGAAAAGAAAAAGAAUAUCUUGAAAAUCAGCUAUCAUUUAGCAAGGAAAAUGUUUAUGAUAACUUGGGACAAGAGAUAGUGGAGAUGUGUACAGAAGAGGAGGAUAGAGUAUGGAGAGAAAAGCACAGAGAAAACAUGAGACAGUAUAAAUUAAAUAGUAAAGUAGAGUAUGAAACAUCAGCUGCUGAAGUAAUAGAUGAAGAACUGUGGAAUAGAUUAGAGGAAUUGGAAUUGCAGGAAGAACUAGAAAAUGAAUUGUCUAAUGUUAAAAGUGAUGCAUAUUUAGAACAUGAAAAGAAUAUCAAUACAUUUAUUGUCCCAGAACCAGAUGUGCCACAAGUAAAAAAAGAUAAGGAAACAGAAAAUUCUAAAAGAAAGUCACAAGAAAUUACAACUUCACCACAAACAUCAAAAUUUGAAUUGCUACAGCAUGUAAUUGAAAAACAAAAUGAACUGGAACAUAAAUUAAAUGAAUUGAGAUUCAAAGAGAAAAAUCAAACGAAAACUGAAGAAGAAUUAUUAUCACGGUUGGAUGAAAUGGAAGAAUUGGAUGAAUUAGAAGAUGAAAUGGACCGAUUAGAAGAUAUCUUGCAAACUGAAGAUGUAGAAAGUACAGAUGAAGAUUCAUCAUCGAGGCAGUCUUCAAUAACUAAAAGAGGGGUCACUUUUGCUGAUGAAGAUGAUGAUGAAACCGUAGAAAUAAUUUAUAAACACAGUGCUGUUGAACCUUCCACUGAACCAUAUGAUCCAGAUAAAGGAAUAACAAAACCCAGUGACAUUUACGAAGCAUAUUCAAAUCUUUUUAAAGAAACUACAUCCAUACUAAAGAAAACAAAGUAUGAAAAUAAUGAAAAUGUAGUAGAAAAGACAAAAACAAAGAAUUUGAAAAAUGUUAAAACUGUUAAUGAAUCUGAUAGUUAUGAUUUCAAUGAUGUGAAUAGAACUAUAGUAAUUAAGGAUAUUAUUGAAAAAUCUGAUGGAAAUGUAUUGAAACAAGAAAAUAGUGAAAGUAGACCUAUCAGUCUCUUCAAAAAACAAAGACUUCAAAAGAAAUAAAAUUUAUUUUUUAUACUGUC